CCGAGUCAGUCCGUUCCGUUCUGUCAGGCAGUCUGGCAUCCCCCGUCAAGGCGAGGGCAGCAGUAGAGGCAGCAACAGGCAGCACGGGGCGGAGCGCGCGGACGAGCCUGGACAGCCUGGACUAGCCUGGACCUCGAAAGCUUCGCCGCUAUUUGGAUUACACAGCUUCACGCUACAGCAACAUGAGCAACAGCUUCCUGCACUUCACAGGCGCGGCGGUGGCGCUGCUGGCGCUGCUUGCGGCCGCGGCGGCGGACUGCGGCUUCCACGCGGACUGCCGCCCCGGCGAGACGUACCGCGUCGCCAUCCCCUGCGACGGCAAGUGCGCCAGCUACGUGCAGUGCGCCGACGGCGAGGCCGCCGAGAAGAAGUGCGGCAAGUUCUUCUUCACGCAGAAGUACUUCGACCCCGUCAAGCUGGACUGCGUGCGCGACGCGGUGGACUGCGACUGGUGGAAGAAGGUGACGACCAGCACCGCCGCGCCGACCCCCACCACCACGGCCGAGCCGGAGACCACGCCGUCGACCGCCAGCACCGAGACCACGCCGACGACGAGCACCGAGGCCAGCAGCACCACCACGGCUUCUCCCGACACCACGCCGCAGCCACCCUCCACGACGCCCACCCCCAGCUCGUCCAGCCCGCCGCCGCCGCCAGCGCCGCAGCCCACCGACUCGGCCGCCGCCCCCCUGGCCGCCGCCUGGCCCGCCCUCUUCGCGGCCGCGGUCGCCCUCGCCCUGUGAGGAAGACUCUACUUUUGUGGUUGGCUGUACAUAAAUCCGAGCCAGGACUCUGAGACCAGGGCGUCGACUGCCGCGCCCCGCCGUGGAUUCGCCGUGCCAUGCCGUGCCGUGCCGCGCAAGCCUGGACCGCGAGUGGCUGACGCUGGCCUCUGGGAAAUGCGCGCCUGCGGGCUGAUUCGGAACAGCCGCUUUUCGUCGCUAUCUCUCUCGCACUCGUACAGGACGCCCCGUGAGUGCGACAGAGACGGAAGCGCUUGUUCGGAAUCGGUCUGUCGACACGCGGAUUUCGUGACUGUGGAUCCCUCGCGGCCCGGGCUGCCCCAACGGUGGUGGAGCAGGGCCUCCUGUCCCACCCCUUCUUCCACCGACUGUCCCUUCCGAAAGAAACAUUUAUUGUAGCACAACCGAGAGCACAACGACGAAGAGAGACUUCAGACUGGAGUGUGUCUAGCGGGGACACGAACAAACUGUGAUGUAUGUUGUGAAUUGUACCUUCUGAUUGUAAAUAUUUGUAUGCAAAUUAUAUACUGAAUUUGGACAAAA